AUGGCAUGGGCAGGUUGUAUCGGGAGAAGAUUCAGCACGGAUGCCAUUGAUAGGAUGCUGACCUCCUCGCAGCUGUGGAGGCUGAAGACUGCUUCACUGGUGGAGGACUGCGACAGCGCGGGACUUGCUCUGGCUCAGCUUCGGGCCACGUAUUUGAAGAGCCAGGCCGCACCGAAGUACCAGUACUAUGGAGCAGAUGACCUGGACUUCGGCGAUGCCAUCGAGGAAGACUCCGAUGCCGGCAUUGCUUUCGUGCAAACAUCUGCCAAGUUGGUGAGUAGCCGGGAGUCCAGCACCCUAGUGGUGAGUGCAGAUGGCAGUGUGGUGUCCGGCAGUGCUGCCGAGCCCACUGUUUCCUCCGGCCGCACAUCCUUCACAGUGUCUGCAGAUGGUCGCAUGCACGUGGAGAUGUGA